UCUCUCUCUUCCUGUCGCCCACAUUCCUAAACUGUUAUUCCCCGUACUGCAUCUCUCCAUGAAAAACUUCCCCACCAUGGAUGACAGGACGUCAACACCAACCACCACUUCGGAGGUCACAAGAGGACAACAGAAUGCGGACCUUAAGGUGUCGCCGUCCAGCAAACCUCUUCAUCGCUUUCUCCAAAAGGAGCCCCAGAGUCUCGGUGUUGCCAUCGGGAUCUGUGGCUGUGCAGAGCUGAUCAUGGGAUGCAUCUUGUUCAGGGAAAACGUGACAAGCUCCGGUGACCUCUACGUUCCUUUCUGGCAGGGAGCUCUGUUUCUCACCUGUGGAAUCUUGUCGGUCUACACGGGAGCAUGUCCAUCCAAAAAGAUGGUGACCGUCUGUCUGUCCAUGUACGUGAUGGCCAUCCUGGGAGUCUUCGUGUCUUGCGGUUAUAGGAUACACGGCUUUUUUUUCUAUGCCUUUAUCAUCUGGCAAUCCUUAGCGGACCCCGUGGGCUACAGCAGAGUGAUGCAACUUUUUGCCCUGGAAGGCAUUUUGUUCACGUUCUCCGCGUGCGUGGCGGUGAUUCUCAUCUUCUUGUCGGUGGUGGCCCACCGGGCUCUCAAAUCAACAAACACUCAGGUCAUUUUCCAGCGGAUAUCAACGCCAGAGUGACACAACAUCCCAACAAUAAUUUUGGGAUCCUUCUCACUUAACGAUCAUACAUCUGUACAGUUUUCUAUACUAUGUUAUACAUUACAACUUUAGGAAUACUUGCUCCAUCUAAUGAGAUUUAAUACAUUUUUGCACAUUUAUUUAGUAUUCAUUUAAUUAUGUUUACUAUCCAUCCAUCCAUUUUUGACCGCUUAUUCCCUUCGGGGUCGCGGGGGUUGCUGGAGCCUAUCUCAGCUACAAUCGGGCUGAAGGCGGCAUACACCCUGGACAAGUCGCCAUCUCAUCACAGGGCCUACACAGACAGACAACAUUCACACACUAGGGCCACUUUAGUGUUGCCAAUCAACCUAUCCCCAGGUGCAUGUCUUUGGAGGUGGGAGGGGCCUAUCCCCAGGUGCAUGUCUUUGGAGGUGGGAGGGGCCUAUCCCCAGGUGCAUGUCUUUGGAGGUGGGAGGGGCCUAUCCCCAGGUGCAUGUCUUUGGAGGUGGGAGGGGCCUAUCCCCAGGUGCAUGUCUUUGGAGGUGGGAGGGGCCUAUCCCCAGGUGCAUGUCUUUGGAGGUGGGAGGGGCCUAUCCCCAGGUGCAUGUCUUUGGAGGUGGGAGGGGCCUAUCCCCAGGUGCAUGUCUUUGGAGGUGGGAGGAAGCCGGAGUACCCACGCAGUUAGGGGUAGAACAUGCAAACUCCACACAAAAAGAUCCCGAGCCCGGGAUUGAACUCAGGACUACUCAGGACCUUCGUGUUGUGAGACAGACGGACUAUCCCUUCUUCCACCGUGCUGGCUUUGCAUGUCAAACAAAAUGCCAGAUAAUGUCUGCUAAUAGGUGCCAUUUCGGAGUCCUGAUACACACACCAUAAUAAUACCGUAUGUUGAAGCACAGUACGUCUGACUAUGGUAGCUAUAAUGCUUCGACAAUCCGUCAAGCUGGGCGGCAUCGUAGCUUAGCAAAGUCGUACUAAAACAUGUUGACAGCUUUUUGAGCACCGUGUGUAAUGUUCUAUAUUCUCAAUGUAACAAAGUUUUGGUCUUGCUUACGGGUACUUGCUAGCGUCAUUUAUUGAACAAGCGUCAACCUACUGUCCACAUGUGGGACUGCCAUUUACUGGUCAAACUUAUUACGCCAUGUGCCAAAUGAAAAUGCUUGAGGUGGGUAAGCACACCCAGAAUGAAGAGGUACAUUAGGCGCACCGGGUUAUAAGGCGCACUGUCCAAUUAAGAAAAUGAAAGAAUUUGAAGUGCGCCUUACAAUCCAAAAAUUAUCGUCCUUGUAAAUCCACAAAGAGCCGUUUCUAAUAUUUCGCUUACCUUAUCACUUUGAGAAAAAAAUAAAUGACAGCUCAGUCUCCA